AUGCGCAGAGCAACUAAAAAGCCCAUUAAAACCACAAAGAGUGAUGCUACACCUAAUAUUGAGACGAAUGUUGAACUACAACAAAAUCAGCAAAAUGAUUGGUUCUCUAAGAGUAUGGCUCGCAAACAUCUAAAAUAUUGUACUGCUGCUCUGAAGGAAAUGAAAAAGCAUCCUUCGGCUGGGCUUUUCCUUGAACCUGUUGACGCAAUCAAAUACGGCAUACCUGACUAUUUCGACAUUAUUAAACAACCAAUGGACCUCGGAACUGUAGAAGCCAAACUUAAUGCACUUCAAUAUACUACCGUAGCAGAUUUUGAGUCUGAUGUACGACUUAUAUUUUCAAACUGUAUUCUCUAUAAUGGUGUAGACCAUCCCGUCUCUCAACAAGCUAGAGAAUUAGAAAGUUUAUUCAACGCACAACUUAGUAGCUUUCCUGGAGGUAAAAAGGAGGUCAAACCUCCUUUGACAGAACCUUCUAUUAAAGCGUCUCGUCCUAAAAGAAUAAUAAAGGCGCCUGCCAAAGAUCUUCCCGAAGCACCUCAAUCUGGUCGUCGCAAGAAGACCAAAAAGAACAUUGAACUUAAUUUCUGUCGUAGUGUUCUUCGUGAACUUAAGAAGAAAACACAUUGGCCUUACGCUUAUCCAUUUUACGAACCUGUUGAUGCUGAAAAGUUGGGAGUUCCAGAUUAUUAUAAGGUCAUAAAACAGCCUAUGGAUCUAGCUACCAUCAAUUCAAAGCUAGAGAAUGAUCAAUACGCCAGCGCGGAAGAAUUUGAAGAUGAUAUCCGUCUGAUGUUCCGCAAUUGCUAUACAUAUAAUGGAGUCGGAAGCGAGGUUUAUAACAUGGGUAAAACUUUGGAAGCCAUUUUCAAUAAAAAAUGGACCGAAAAACCUGUUCCUCAAAGUAAACAAAAAGGUAAAACGAAAGUAUCACGGGAUGAUGAUUCCGAUACAGACAGUUCUUCUGAAGAAGAAUAUGAUGAUGAUGAGGUUCCAAAUCCUGGACUCAAAAAAAUACAAAAGCAGUUAAGCACAUUAACAAGCCAACUCAGACAAAUAAGCAACCCUAAAAAGAGUAAAUCCAAAAAGUCUAGAAGUGGUAAGGCAUCGACUAGCAAGAAUGGUAGUUUUAACGAUCCUAUGGAAGUAGACGUCGAAAAGAAAUCUCUAAAGCGUCCUCGUGGCGGGAAACGUAGUGAAGAUGAAGGUCUCUCUAAUGAUCAAAAAGCUUUUCUUAGCAGUAGUAUCGAACUUCUUGCUGAUAACGACAUGAAUCAGCUCAUUGAUCUUUUAUAUGAAAGCGGAGCACCUUUACAGAGAGAUGGUGGUAAUUAUGAAAUAGAAAUAGAAACACUUGAUGUGAAAACAGCCAAGAAAGUAUUCGAUUUCGUGUCGAAACGAAUCAAUAAGCAAAAAAGGCGUCCACCACCAGCAAAAAAAGCACGCAAACAUUCCAAUGAAGAGGAACAAAAUCAAAAGAUCCUCGCUUUGGAAAGGACGUUAGCUAAAUUUAAUGGCUCUCCUUCUCAUGAUGCUUUUACUGAAAACCACUAUACUUCUGAUGAUGACUCAUCUGAUAGUCAGAGUUCAGAUUCAUCUGGCUCAGAAUCGGAAGAUUCAGGUAGUGACGACACUAGAAAAAGAAAGAAUCGCAUAGAAAAUUUGUCACAAACCACAUCAAUAGCAUUCAAAUCUCAAGAAACUGGAUCAUUUAAGGUUCCCAAACCGGUUCAACCUAAAGAGCCACAAACCCGAUUAAAUAAAGUGAUGAGGAGAGAUUCCUCUCAAGAUGUCUCUCAAUAUUUCAACGAACGAUCAAAAGAGCAGACAAAAAAUUUAAGUACAGAUACUAAAAAUCAUUCAAUCCCAAAUCGACCGUUUGCUAGAUUAAAGAUCAUUGAAGGCGAAGAUCCUUCCAUUGAAGAACGGGAGUUAUUGAGAAAACAGAUAUUGCGAAAUAUGCCAGAUGAUGUUAGCAAGCAAUUAGAUCAGACAAAUAUUAAUAAUAAACUUACUACUAGAUCAAGGAAUAGUGAUAUCAAAUCAAUGCACGAAAUUUUGAAUAAUCGAGACGCGAUGCAAACAAACCGGAGUUUCGAAGUUAAUGGUGACGAUCUUGCGAGAAUAAUGGCUGCAGAGUUAGAUAAGGUGCCAAGUAGAUCUCCAUCUCCUCCACGAAAUCAAGAAAGUCGUAUCCAUUUGAAUUACGGAGGUUCAUCUAAUAAAAAUACUAGAAUCAACGUAUCACGUACAGCAAGACCGACCGAAAUUAUCGGAGCAAAUACUAGGAUUCGUCCAGCUGCAAGACAAAAUACGAGUGACAGUACAACAUCUGGUAACGCAAAAUCGAAUGUAAAAUCGACACAAAAUACACGCUAUCGAACGAUAACGAAAUAUGGUGCUUAUAAACGGAAAGAACCACACAUACCACCAAUUCCUCCGCUUGAAGAACCAAAACCUAAGAAACUAGUAGAAAUUGCGACCAAUAAAGCCAAACCAAAAUUAUAUGACGGAGGAUUCGAAACCGGUCCUAUUGAGAUAAAACCAUUACCAUCAUGGUGUGAUGCUAAACCAAAACAGCCAAAGCCAGAACCCCAAGAGGAAUCAAAACCAGAAGAAAAAGAAAAAGAUCAAGAUGUCCCCCAAUUCAACGAGGACGAAGAACAAACUGAAAAGCUAACUACUACGAGAGAAGAAGAAAAUAAAGAAGUCAUUCAACAUCUUGAAAAUGAGAUCAUGAAGUUCAUGGUAGAAAAGGCUGCAAAAGAGGAGGCACAGAGAGAAAAAGAACUCACAUCCUGUAUUGGCUGGGGUGAAGAGGCUCUGCUAAUGGCCGAGAUGGAAGACGAACCUUUUCAUUUGGAUCGGCUUGCGGGUUCUAUUUGGCGGCGAUUUAAAGAACCUUUCGAAGACGAGCCACUUCAAGUGAGCGUCCAAAAGAUUAUUAUAUGGCCAACCGUAACUCCAUUUGGAGCAAUUAGAACUCCUCUCCCCAGUUUCGCCGGACUUAUUGUUUGA